AUGAAAAUUGCUCGGUACUUACUUGAUCAACUUUUUAAAUGCGCCUUUGAAACUGCUAGUUUUCUUAAAGCUAUAUUCAAUCCACAAAUGAUUAAAUUAUUAUUUGCUGAAAAUAAAACAAAUAUAAAUUUGCAAAUUCAUUCUGAAAAAGCUUUUAUAUUUCUUUCCAACAAUGACUUUGAAAAAUUUGCAUUGAAUCAUCUGAUUUCUAAUAAAUUAACGAUUUAUUCUGGGAAACAGCAAAAUAUAAUCAAAAUUUUAACAAAUGGUGCAAAUAAAUUCUCAACAGUUUGCUGUAUUUAUAACACCUUAAUUCAUGACCUUAUUAUACAGGUAAAUCAAUUCCUGAAAAUCGAAACUCAUACUAAAUAUAAACUGUGAAUGAUAUUCGGGUUUGAUCAAGCAUAAAAAGUCAUAGCUGAUCAAAUUCGGAAAAAAGGAAAAUGGCGGCGGAUAAUACAAGAGUACCAAAACUAUAAACCCGUAAUCGCAGGCCCUAUCUAUCCUUGUUCG